AUGAAUCCGCCAGCGAAAAGGCAACGGACUAACUCCGACUCGAACACGCAAUCGGUGUCGCAAAGCAAUUCGGCCAUGGACGACAUACGAAUACAGCUGGCAAAGCUCGAAGAGGGACUGAAAGCCUUUGCUGAUCGACCAACGACAGUCCACUACAACAACUGCCAGGUAGUUCACAAUCAUCAGGUCGAUCAGGCCAACUUUGCUGGCGGCCAGCAGCCGGCACAACAAAUGCCAGAGCCACAACCAGGAUCGAGAGGCCCAUUGUCACAAAGCCUGCCAGCGCAAUAUCCCCAACAUCCAUUCCCACCUUCUUCGGCACAGUUCAGUGAACCAAACAGGCACGACAUGCAACAGUCCGGUCCCGCUCAGCAGCCUGGGCAAGCUCAACUUGGGCAACAGCUCAGACAUGGACCUCCGGCUCCGCCGCAAGUCCAAAGAAGCGCAGGGAGUGCGCCUYAGCCGGUACCUCAGGUUCCUAUCGCCUGCCCUCUUCAACCUCCGAAUCCGAUACCCUCAGGCUACCCACCGACACCUCCUAAUCAGAUGCCCUCAGCCUAUUCGCCUCCUCCCCCAUUUCAGGGUCCAGAGAGGCUGCUGGGUAGAGUCUACAAGCCUCGUCCUACCCCACCUGGCAUUGUUCUACCUUCUCCGGAACAAUUGCUCGCAGAACUCAGCGAAAGUGACUUGCGUACAGUGCUCAAAUUGAUUAUACCGCUUGACAGCACUGGCCUGGUAGAAUCUGCUGUAAUUGACUAUUAUAUCGUGGGGAAACUCUCGAAGGAUCCUCUCCCCGAGAGCUUUGACGAGGAGAGUAAGACCGUUUGGUACGCUUUCGACGACCCGUACCUCCAUCUCAGCCCCACUGAGCAAUAUGAGAAAUCGUACGUCGUGACCGCGAAAUUACUACGCUGUAUUGAGACUAUCAAUGCCAAGGUCACAACUGGCAGCUUGCUGGCUACCAAGGUCAAUGCAUUAAGAUCUCUGUGCAGCAUUGCGCAGACAGUGUUGCUUUCUCGGAACUCGCUGGGCCAUGAAGCAAGGAAGCGCCUGGAACACGAGCACGAUCUCAUCAACGUUAUGGAGUCUAUAAUUAAGAACAUGCCUCAACGAGCGCGACUAGCUGCAAGUCAAAGUGUUGAUAAGACUGGCGAAGGGAAUCUGCUUUCCAGACUGGAGUGGGUCGGGAGAGAAGCUGUCACCCAAGGAGUCAGAGGGUUGGACGUUCGCAAGUCACACUCGAUGCUUAGAGGUGACCUAGACCGCGACGAACUUAUGGCAGUCGCCAACGAAUCCGAAGGCGAAGAGGCAGACGAUGAAGGAGCUGAAGACGACCCUGAUGCCGAAGUCGAUCAUGGAUAUUACAACGAAGCGAAGGCCAUCAGCCGUACCAAGUGUGACCUGUGGAAGUUCAUCGACUUCGACAUCUGUGCUUCCAACGUGGAAUCCAUCAUCAAGUACAAGUACUGUAACCUMAACGACGCCGACGGGCAUGGCAAAAGUCGGAAUGCCUACAUCGAAAUCCAAACUCAGAUCGAGCUCAUCAGACAGGAAACUUCCUCGCACCUAUCCCUGGUGUCGAAAGGCAAGGCCCUAACAGCACUGAUCAAAAUUAGUUGCUGUGUUGUCGCAUCUGGGGACAGCUUCAUUGCUCAAGAAAUCCGCAGACACUUCCGGCAUGAUAAUGACCUCUGUAAGCUCAUCCAGUCGAUCCUCGAUGGCAUCGAUGAAUAUCCGCGGACGGCGCUGUUUAGAAAGAUCAACGUUGCAGCGCGUGUCGAACAUCUCAUCGAACACGCUCAGAGGUAUGGAGUGCAUUGCUUUGAUUCUCUGCGCAAURCCAUAGAUUAG